AUGGCUGAUACUGAAGCUCCAGUUGCUGCUCCGGCCGCUGCCUCUCCGGCUAAGGCACCGAAGAAAGCCAAAGCCUCCAAGGGAGACGCCAAGAAACCGAAGAAGCCGUCGACUCACCCUCCAGUGAACGACAUGGUUUUGGCCGCCAUCAAGACCCUCAAGGAACGUAACGGUUCCUCUCUGCAGGCCAUCAAGAAGUACAUCGCCGCCAACUACAAGUGCGACGUUGCAAAGUUGGCUCCGUUCCUCAAGAAGGCCCUGAAAUCGGGCGUCGAAAAGGGAAAGCUUGUCCAGACCAAGGGAACUGGCGCUUCCGGUUCGUUCAAGAUUAAGGCCGACGCUAAGAAACCAGCUGGCGAGAAGAAGGCGGCAAAGAAACCAAAGAAGGAGACCAAGGCUAAGAAGCCAGCUGGCGAGAAAAAGGUUGCCAAGAAACCGAAGGCCGCCGCUGCCAAGAAAACUGGCGAAAAGAAGGCUAAGGCCGCACCAGCCAAAGCUGCCAAAAAGGCUGCUGGAGUGAAGAAGGCCGCUGCCCCCAAGCAGAAAGCCACCAAACCGUCGAAGACCGCCACCAAGAAACCGAAGACCCCGAAGCCAAAGAAGGCCGCACCGGCUAAGAAAGCUGCCCCGAAAAAGGCUGCUGCCAAGAAGUAAAUUUUAAACUGCAUUACCUACCAGAGUCUGGUACUAUAACAAACAGUCCUUAUAAGGACUAACAGAAAAGUUUAUGAAGUAGUUAAUGGUUGGUUUUCUCAAAGUUAGUUUUAUCUGACAUUUUUACCUAUCAAUAAUUCUAUACUAGACUACCUAUACGGAGAAUGAACCAUGCAGUUUCAACCAUAUUUAUGGUUCUACGUAGAUACAGAAAUCUUGAAGUAAAAAUAUAGUUAUUAUAUCAGUGUUAAAUCCAAAUUUGGAAAUACUUUAAUUCAGAACUGUUAUUUUCUGGAUUCAAAAAGAAUUUCGAACCACAAUAUUUUCAGGGUGAAAUAUGUUAUUGAGGCUUAAAGCAACUUCCUUUUUUUAAACAAACUAGAAUAUUUUCGCUCCCUGUUGAAACGCCAUAGAAAAUAGGUUUAUGAUAGAUAAGACAGUGGUUUAUGUUUAUACAAUAAUCACCCAAGUUUUUAAAUUUAUUGAUUUUAAAUAGUUUAAGAUUACGGACGUUUAUGACGGACAGUCUGGCUGAUCUAGUAAAUCGAAGCUUGUAGUUUGCACAAAACUGAUUUACACAGCUCUAGUCAUUCUUAUGAUGCUUCCCUAUGGAUUAAAACGUAGGAUAAGUGAAACUUUCCAAAC